UGCCUCUCUCCUCCGUCCCUGUCGCCUUGUAUAUUUUUCCUUUGGUGCGCGCGCGUGGGUAUCGGUCAGCGGCGGGGGGUGACUGGCCGGGCAGCGGGACCACCGCGGCCGGUGCACAAGUUUGGGCCCAGGGAGAGCCGGAGGGCGAGUGCCGCAGCAUGAGCCGGCGGCGCGGCGCGGGCUCGGGAUCUUGCUGAGGCUCCGGGCCGUCCGGCCGGCGAGCGGGGGACAGCCCCACGUGGAAGCGCUGGGGCGAGGGCGGCGGGAGCAUGGGCUUCCUGGCGGCGUGUCCGCCGCGGCGCUGAGCGGCCCCCGGGCUAUCCUCGUGGGACUGGGGCUUCUCCGCCCCGCCGGCCCCUGACUUCUCUACAGCGGACCCGGGGACUCUGGCUCGCUAUGCUGUGGAGCUCGCCCAGUGCUGGAGCCGGGAACCGUUCACGAAGCUUCUGCCCUCCUCUCCCCCAUGAGCAGCAGCCCUGCGGCUGCCGCUGCAGCUGCAGCUGCCUCGGUCAGGGGGAUGCCCGCCGGCCUUUCUGAACAAGGUGCCGCCGCCGCCGCCGCCGCUUCCUCCCCGACGGGGCUCGGCGUCCCCGGGACGGUGACCAUGGCCCCGGCUCUUUUGACCAAUGGGAGUGUCCAAAGCCACCUCCCUCCGGCCGCCAGCAGCGCGCUCCCGUCAUCGCUGAGGAGCACCCCAGCGCCCCUGAACACCAAGGCCCCCGUAAAUCUCAACCUGGUGACCGCAGCAUCCCAACCGCUGGUGAAGACGGCCCCUCUGGGGGCCCUAGUGACCAAACUGGCCACUGUCAAUACUGUUCCCAAAGCCAACCCCGGUCCCAGGCUGCCCGCUCCCCAAGUUGUGACCGCGAAAGCCCCCAACACCACGACGAUCCAAUUGCCUGCCAAUUUCCAGCUCUCACCUGGAACUGUUUUAAUAAGAAGUAACAGUGGUCAGCUGAUGUUGGUGUCUCAACAAGCUUUAGCUCAAGCUGAAACGCCAAGCCCUAUGAAUGUAAGAACAGCAGUACCAUCAAGUACUCAUGCAGUCAAAAUUUGCACUGUGCCGAACUCUGGUACACAGUUAAUUAAGAAAGUAGCAGUUGCUCCAGUCAAAACAGUGACUCCAGUAAGGGCAGUGACCUCUGUCAAGGCAGUGGCUCCAGUAAAGGCAGUGACACCCGUUAAAGCAGUUGCUGCCCCUGUGAAAACUGUGGCGCAGUUAGGAAAUACUGUGGUAACUUCCCUCCCGAAACCUUCCAUAGUACAGACUGUGACUACACCGGCCAGUGUUGUCACAGUUACCCCAGUAAAACCAUUGAAUACUAUAACUCCCCUGAAGCCUUCAGUCAUCGCAACACCAGCAACCCCCUCACAAGAGAGCACCCAGAAAGUUGAGACUCCAGCAGCUGUACAAACUAGUAUCUCUGUGGAAAUGCUAGAGAAUGUGACAAAAUGCAAAAACUUUCUUGCAAUGUUGAUAAAACUAGCAUGUGGUGGGUCUCAGUCCCCAGAAAUGGGACAGAAUGUGAAGAAGCUUGUGGAAAAUCUCUUGGAUGCAAAAAUUGAACCAGAGGAAUUUACCAAAAAGUUGUACAUUGAACUCAAGUCCUCACCUCAACCGCAUCUUGUCCCUUUUCUAAAGAAAAGUGUGACUGCCUUACGACAGCUAAUGCCCAGCUCCCAGAGCUUCAUUGAGCAAUGUGUCCAGCAAACUCCUUCACAGGUCGUCAUUCCUACAUGUGCUACAGUCACUCCUCCUCCUCCUGUAGUGACAACAGCUGUUUCUUCCAUCCACACGGAAAAGCCCAUCCAUGUUUCAACAGCACCAACAGUGGGCACUGUUUCCAUUCAGACUGCGAGUCCUGUGGCUGGUACUGGAGGCAUUGGAGUUGUCGCCCUUCGCUCUGGAAGUCCUGUUAUUGGAGCGGGAGGACCCACAGUCGGAGCUGUUGCUGUCCACCCCAUAAAUCCAGCUUCUGUCCCAGGAGGUGUGACUAGCAAGGCUGUCACACUCCAUUCUGUAAGUUCAACCACCAGUCCAGCAGGAGUAACAGCUGGAACUGUCUUCCUUCAACCUGCAAAGCCUCUUGUGACCUGUGCUGCUACUACAGUAGCAACUGUUUCACUGCAGCCUGAAAAACCCCUCAUCCCUGGGGCAGCAGUAACGCUGUCACUUCCACCAACAAAACCCACGGUGACUUCUGGAGAAGUUGUGGGGCCAUCCAUUUCUCUUCCACCUUCAAAGUCAGUGGUGAAUUCUGGAGUAGCCACAUCUGCCUCUGUAAAGCCUGUCAUUGGGCCUCCUAUUCAUAUCAAACUUGCACAACCUGGCUCCUUCCUUUCACAACCAGCCAGUGCUCCACAAACUCUGAAAGUCAAACAGUUAGUAGUACAGCAGCCUUCUGGAGGCAUUGUCAAACAAGUGACUGCCCUACCACAUUCUUCAGCCCUGACUACUCAGAAAUCUGGACAAAAGAGGAUGCCCUUGAAUACACUAAUACAAACAAAUCAGUUUCCUACAGCUUCCAUACUAAAGCAAAUUACUCUGCCAGGAAAUAAAAUUUUGUCGCUUCAAGCACCUGCUGUUCAGAAAAACAAAAUAAAAGAGAAUGGAACAACAUCCUUCAGAGAUGAAGAUGACAUCAAUGACGUCACUUCCAUGGCAGGAGUCAACCUCAGUGAAGAAAACGCCUGCAUCUUAGCAGCAAAUUCUGAAUUAGUCGGCACACUGACCCGUUCUCAUAAAGAAGAACCAUUCCUUUUUGCAGGAGCUCUCCAAAAGAGAAUUUUAGACAUUGGUAAAAGGCAUGACAUUAUGGAACUUAACUCUGAUGUUGUGAACUUGAUCUCCCAUGCUACACAGGAGCGAUUACGAGGCCUUAUAGAAAAACUGACUAUAAUUGCUCAACAUAGAAUGACAACCUGCAAGGAAAGUGAAAAUUAUGUCAUGUCUAGUGAUACCAGAUCACAACUUAGAUUUCUUGAGAAGCUGGAUCACAUCGAAAAGCAACGAAAGGAUGAAGAAGAACGAGAGAUGUUACUCAGAGCAGCUAAGAGUCGUUCUAAUAAAGAAGAUCCAGAGCAGCUGCGAUUAAAGCAGAAAGCCAAAGAGAUGCAGCAGUUAGAAUUGGCACAGAUGCAGCAAAGAGAUGCCAAUAUCACAGCCCUUGCAGCCAUUGGACCAAGGAAGAAGAGACCACUGGACUCUGUUGGAUCUGGAGUUGAGGGUAUAAAUGGCAAUGCCUUUGCCCCAGGGUCAUCCAGCCUGACUGUCACCAGGCAAUUAUUUCGCCCAAGAAUAACUCGAGUUUGCCUCAGGGAUUUGAUAUUCUACAUGGAACAAGAAAAAGGGAUGAAAUAUUCGCGAGCCCUCUACCAUGCUCUUUUGAAGUGACCGCUACUCUUUUCAUCCAGACCCUUGCUACGUACUGCCAAAGAAGAUGCCAAAAGCAUUGUGUCCCUGUUGAUGCCAUGAAUGGUCAUUUCCAGAAGACAACCAUAAUUGAGGAUAAUCUUUGUUUACUUUUGUGCUUUUAUUGAAUACUUAUCUAAGCACCUGUAGAGUUUUUAAUAAAUACAGUUCAGCUUU